UGGAGGGCGCUUCGGUGACUGCAGCCUCACUGCUGGGCGGACUGCUGCAGGAUUGGGAGCCGCCUUCGAGUCUUCUGCACCGGGGCGACUGUGCACGCUGGCUCCCUGCCCGGCCCUCGGCCCCAGCAUUGCACCCGCAGACCCGUGCGCCCCCCGGGUUCCUGGGCGCCGGGCCCAGCUCUUUGGAGGACCAUGUCGUUGGAGUUUGGCAGUGUAGCACUGCAGACACAAAAUGAAGAUGAAGAGUUUGACAAAGAAGACUAUGAAAGGGAAAAAGAGUUGCAGCAGCUCCUCACAGACCUCCCUCACGACAUGCUGGAUGAUGACCUCUCCUCUCCUGAACGCCAUGAUUCUGACUGCAGCGUGGAUGGCAGAGCCGGAGAACUGCAUCUUUCUAAGGAACUAGAGAGGAAGUGGAUUGAGCGUGACAUACUGCCCAAAUCUCACCUUGUGAAUUGUGGCAAUGGCUGGGAAGAAAAUCGAGGUAAAGCUGAAGACCAGCAUCUUGGGUACCAUUCCGGAGAAGCCGGAGAUGAGGGCGGAAGUGGCUAUAGCCCUCCAAGUAAACGCGAGCCAGCAGAUUUGUAUCACCUUCCUGAAGACUUCAGGCCAUACACCGGUGGUCAGAAGCAGGAAUUUCACAAGCAGGCAGCCGGUGUUGUGACAUUUUCAGAUCCUCAGAGAGACAAGUUUCAGCAAUUUGGUUCAUCUCAGGGACCCAGCUGUCAAGCUUUGGAACCAUAUAAAGUGAUCUAUAGACCGUUCCAGUCUUCUGGCCAGAGCACUAGCUCACCAGCCCAGGAGACAGCAGCAAGUGACAUGUUUGAUGGCCUGCAGCAACAAUUUUUAGGAGCCAAUGAAAACUCUGCAGAAAAUAUACAUAUUAUUCAACUCCAGGUUCUUAACAAAGCGAAGGAGAGACAGCUGGACAGCUUAGUUGAAAAGCUGAACGACAGUGAACGCCAGAUUCGGUAUCUGAACCACCAGCUUCUCAUCAUCCAAGAUGAGAAGGAUGGCUUGACCCUCAGCCUUCGGGAAUCCCAGAAACUCUUUCAGAAUGGAAAGGAAAGGGAGAUCCAGCUUGAAGCACAGAUAAAAGCACUAGAGACCCAAAUUCAAGCAUUCAAAAUCAGUGAAGAAAAGUUGACCAAGAAGGCCAGAACAACUGAAAUCACUCUGGAAAACCUGAAACAGCAACUGGUGGAGCUCCAUCAUUCUGAGUCUCUUCAGCGAGCCAAAGAGCAGCACGAGAACAUCGUCAUGGGCCUCACACAGAAGUAUGAAGAGCAGGUGCUGUCCUUACAGAAGAAUUUGGAUGCUACCCGAACAGCACUUCAGGAGCAGGAAAGCGUUUGCGUCCGUUUAAAGGAUCACGUGCAGCAACUGGAGAGGAAUCAAGAAGCUGUCAAAUUGGAAAAGACUGAGCUCAUUAACAGGCUGACGAGAAGUCUGGAGGACAGCCAGAAGCAGUGCGCCCACCUGCUGCAGUCAGGCUCCAUGCAGGAGGUGGCUCAGCUACAGCUACAGUUGCAGCAAGCACAGAAGGCCCACAUCCUAAGUGAGAGCAUGAAUAAGGCUUUGCAAGAGGAAUUAACAGCGCUUAAAGAUGAGAUUUCUCUGUAUGAGUCUGCUGCCGACCUCGGAGUGCUUCCAGGCGACUCAGAAGGAGACCUGAGUGUAGAGCUCACUGAAUCGUGUGUGGACUUGGGCAUUGCAAAAGCCAAUCAGAAGCAGUCUAAAGCUAACAGCACUGCACAGCAAGAUGUCCCAAACGAAGAGCUUUCGAAGGAUGAGGUUAUCCUGAAGUUGAAAACCCAAGUUCAGCGCUUGCUGACCAGCAACUCCGUGAAGCGUCAUCUGGUGUCUCAACUACAGAGCGAUCUCAAAGAGUGCCGUGGGACAGUUGAUGCUCUCCAGCAAGCGAAGGAUGGAAACACAGGCAUGGAGGCUAAAGCAGAUACCUCUGGAGGAGCAGCUGAUCAGUUUCGGCUUGAUUCUUCUGAGACAGUUAGAGAAGACAUUUUGCGACUGAAAAGUGAAGUUCAAGUCUUACAGCAGCAGAACCAGCAACUUAAAGAAGCUGAAGAAAAACUGAGAAGUACAAAUCAAGACUUGUGUAACCAGAUGAGACAGAUGGUCCAGGACUUUGACCACGAUAAGCAGGAAGCUGUGGAUAGGUGUGAAAGAACUUAUCAGCAGCACCACGAAGCCAUGAAGGCUCAGAUCCGAGAGAGUCUUUUAGCAAAGCAUGCUGUGGAAAAGCAGCAUCUCCUUGAGGUCUAUGAGGGGACACAGUCACAGCUCAGGUCUGACCUGGAUAAGAUGAACAAGGAGAUGGCUUCCGUGCAGGAGUGUUACCUGGAAGUGUGCAGAGAGAAGGACGAGCUAGAAUCUGCUCUCAGGAAGACCGUGGAAAAGGCUCAGGAGCAGAGGAGACAGCUUUUAGAAGACAGAGAAGAAUAUGUAAGCAAACUGAAGUUAGAACUUGAAGAGAAGUACCAAGAAACUCUUAAGACGGAAAAACAGAACUGGCUGAAAGAGCAAGAAGCCGGCGUUAAAGAGCAGGUUGAGAAAGAGAACAUACAAAAGCUUGUUCAACAGCUGGAAAAGGAGUGGCAGGCCAAACUGAAUCAGAAUAUAAAGGCUUUGAGAAAGACAACUUCAGACUGUGGCAGUCAGACCGACCAGGGCGGCCCUCCUGAUGCCCUUCCUAUGGCGGAAGCAGCAGUCCUGACAGAGGAGCAGGCUCGCAAGGCCCAGCGGGAGUUAGAGCAGGAGAAGGAGAUGGCUGUCAAGGAAGCUUUGAGGAAGCUGGAAGUUGAGUUGGAGCUCAAGCACUGUGAGAGCAUUACACAACAGGUGGAGACAGCUGUGCAGAAUGCCCGCAGUCGCUGGCUACAGGAGCUGCCCAAGCUUGCAGAGUACAAGGCGCUGCUGAGAGCCCAGCAGCAGGAGUGGGUGGAGCAGCAGGAACUGGUCAUGGCCCAGAGGCUGUCACUUGCACUCUCUGAAGCUAAAGAGAAAUGGAAACGUGAGCUUGAAAAUGUGAAGCCAAAUGUAAUAGCUGUCAAGGAACUGGAAGAGAAAAUUCACUCUCUCCAGAAGGAACUGGAGUUAAAGGAUGAGGAAGUCCCUGUGGUUGUCAGGGCUGAGCUGGCGAAGGCGCGAACUGAAUGGAACAGAGAAAAACAGGAAGAAAUUCAUAGGAUUCAAGAACAAAAUGAGGAAGAUUAUCGGCAGUUUUUAGAUGAACAUCGAAAUAAAAUUAACGAGGUGCUUACAGCAGCUAAAGAGGACUUUGUGAAGCAGAAAACUGAACUACUUCUUCGGAAGGAGACAGAAUUCCAGGCAUCUCUGGACCAGAGUCACAGGGAGUGGACAGUGCAGGAGGCUGAGCGGACGCAACUGGAAAUCCAUCAGUAUGGGGAAGACAUCCUCACUGUGCUUGAGUUUCUCCUAAGGGACACCCGGAAGGAGGACGCUGGUGAUUCACAGGACAGGCAGCUUUUGGAAGUCAUGUCAGUUUGUUCUUCAAAAUGGAUAUCUGUGCAGUAUUUUGAGAAAGUAAAAGCCUGCAUACAGAAAGCACUUCAUGAUACGCUGCCCUUGCAUACAGACAAUGCCGCCUCCGAGUGGGAAAAGAGGAAUAUGGUUAAGACCUCCGUAGAUCCUGUCAGCUGGAACACUGGCCAAGGAGACCCUGGAGUCCCAACACCCCUUCCUGUCUCCACCUCUGGACGGUGUGCUCAGUCCUUGGCUUUGCCAGAAGCAGAAGCGGAAACUGAUAAAAAGAGCUUUGAAAUUAAAGCUUUCUGCUGUGAACACUGCUUCCAGGAGCUUGAAAAGGGAAAGCAGGAGUGUCAGGAGCUGAGACGGAAACUGGAGAAGAGCCGCAGGCUCCUUCAGCACUUAGAAAGGACACACAGAGCUGCAGUGGAGAAGCUUGGAGAAGAGAACAGCAGAGUGAUUGAAGAACUAAUAGAGGAAAACAAUGACAUGAAGAACAAGUUGGAAGCCCUGAGGGCCCUGUGCAGAUCACCGCCACGGUCGCUGUCUGAAGGAGCCAUUGAGACCUCAUGGCCGCCAUGCAGUAGGCAGGCCUUGGAAGAACUCCGUGGGCAGUACAUUAAAGCGGUUAAAAAAAUUAAACGUGACAUGCUUCGAUACAUUCAGGAAAGCAAGGAAAGAGCUGCAGAAAUGGUAAAGGCAGAAGUGUUACGGGAACGGCAGGAAACUGCCCGGAAGAUGCGCAAGUAUUACCUGACUUGCCUUCAGCAGAUCCUGCAGGAUAAUGGAAAGGAGGAGGGAGCUGAGAAAAAGAUUAUGAAUGCUGCUAGCAAACUCGCUACAAUGGCAGAGCUGCUGGGGACGAUCGCGGAGUCAGACUGCGGAGUCAGGUGUGCACAGGCAGGCCCCUCAGUAGCAUUUCCCUUGACUUCAGAGAUGCUGAUGGGCGUUGAAAGAUCAGAAAGGAGCGGUGUGAAUCAGAGUAUUCCACAUUACAGUGAACGCAAACCAAACAGUGGGAAAACCAUCCCCAGAAGUGUGUGUGAGCAAGUUCCUAGGCGGACGGCUGCAUCUGGUUUACAGAGGCGCUUAGAGGAUCCAGAACACAGAGAGAGAAAGCCCGUGCCUUCCACAGCUUCGCCUUCAGACUGUCAGUGUGGGGAUGGGAGCUGCAGGCCCCCAGACAUCUUGGCAAAGAACGUUGCUCCUGAGUUUAUUCCAUGCAGGGGUGAAGGCGGCUUGGAUUUGCGCGAGAAGAAAGACCCACCCAGUCGAGCUGGCUCUGAGUCACUUCUUCAUUCAGCCACCCCUUUCCUCAGAACUGCCGAAAAGAAGUCUUCACCUAGAUGCGCUUCAGGAUCCGUCCACUCACGUCUUAGAGGUCCCAGUGAGAUGCCAAGGUUCAAAGAACUUAUGUGUACCGAGAGUGCCGCAUCUGAGAAGAGUCGGGGUGUGGGCACUCAGGACCCUCCAGUGAAGGAUGGAGGGGGCCCCAGUGUCUCUCCAGGCUGUGGCAGUCGGGCUGGGCUGUCUCUGGACGAGAGCUCCCAAAGCACUCAGGAGGUUCUGGGGGACUCUGUUCAAUUGCAGCAAUUCCCAGCAGUCUGUCUCCCAGAUGCCCAGAAAAGUGAUCUGGAUUGUCAGAGUGGUUACCCUGCAGAACUGCCCAGAGAAGCCCUGCAUUCCCAGCAAAGGAGGAUGGGCGCGCCUCUGGGCCACUCACCCCAGCAGGCCACUGAUACGUUAAAGCCAGCCUUCAGAAAACUGAGUGGCCCAGGACUAUCUUCAGUGUGUCAGAAACCUUCGAGAAAGUUAGCUGCUCCCCUGACUAGCCAACAAGAUAGUGGCUUUGACAGCCCAUUUGCCAAUCUAGACUAAUCAUGUGCCCUAGUUUAGAAGAAUCACUACUAUUUACACGAGGGGCUGGAUGGAAAUCCUUUAUACUGAAAAUCAAUUCCGGGGUCUGCCAGUUUUCAUGUGCCCGAGUAAAGUUUUCUCAUGCAAUCACUUGAGGUUUGGUGUUGCCUUAAUCUUGAGGGCCUGGGUGCUGUGCUGUGUGAUCUGCUUCUGUGUGGCACUUUCGUCAGUUGCCCGGCCCUCUGCUUUUAUAUUUAUAAGCUGACUUAUUUGCAGUGUUAAAGUA